UUUGAAGUAUCACUCAUGCGUCUUUGAGGUAAUUAGUUUGUGUCACUUGCCUACAUGUCGGCCUCCUGUGGGGAGAUUACUGUAGUUUAAUUUCACAGAUGUAAAAGGGUCUGGGUAAGAAUGAUUAAGAGAGAGAGAAGUAAGCUGGAGUUUGCUAUAUAGGCAUCUCUGCCACUGUUGAUUUCGUUGCACUGAUGAAGAUGGGACAGGCUGCAACCUUACCCUGCAGAAAAGGUGGCACCUAUGUCACCGAGCUUUAUGAAUGGUUCAGGAAGUUCCUGAAUGAAUGCCCCAGUGGACUGAUCACCCUCCAUGAGUUCAGACGUCAAUUCUGCAAUGGAACCGUGGGAAAAGAGUCAGCGGAGUAUGCAGAGCAGAUAUUCCGCACACUAGAUAACAAUGGGGAUGGAGUUGUGGACUUCAGAGAAUAUGUGACAGCUAUCAGCAUGUUGAUUGAGGGCACGACAGUGGAGAAGCUGCGCUGGUCCUUCAAACUCUAUGAUAAAGACAAAGAUGGAGCCAUCACACGCUCAGAGAUGCUUGAAAUCAUGCAGGCUGUGUACAAGAUGAGCGUUGCAGCAUCACUGACCAAACCUGAUCCACUGACUGCUGAAGAAUGCACCAACAGGAUAUUUGUACGGCUGGACAAAGAUAACAAUGCCAUUAUCAGUCAAGAGGAGUUCAUUGAAGGGGCGCUGAAUGAUGAAUGGAUCAGAGAGAUGUUGGAGUGUGAUCCAAACACAGUGAAGAUGGAGAGGCCUCCCAAAGGCCAUGCAGUACUAUAAAGCUGUAUCAUAACGUUAAAGAUGAGAAGUUCAUGCAUUAGUCAGUAUGAUUAUUUUGAAUUUAAGAAACAGUUCACCACAACAAUGAAAAAUGUUUCACCCUCAGAAAUCACCUGCUCACCAAUGGAUCCUCUGCAGUCAAUGGGUGCCGUCAGAAAGAGAGUCCAAACAGCUGAUAAAAGCAUCACGAUAAUCUAAUCCACACCACUCCAGUCCAUCAGUUAACAUCUUGUGCAGAAAAAAAGCUGUGUGUUCGCAAGAAACAAAUCUAUCAAUCACUGCUAAGGAUCUAUUGGUGAGCAAAUUAUGUUAUGCUAAGUUUUUCCAAAUAUUUUCUGAUAAAGAAACAAACUCAUCUACAUCUUGGAUGAUAUGAGGGUGAAUACAUUUUCAGCUCAUUUUUAUAUUUGGGUGAACUAUUGCUGUAAUGUAGUCCUAUAAAUUGACAAGAUCGAUGACACUCAAAUUAAUUCUACUUCUGAUGUUAUAGAUGCAUAUUUCAUAUUUAUACUGACUGAUUGAUUCUUCUGAAAUAAUUUCUGAAGACCGCUCAAUUCAUUUAGCUUUUUAUUUAUCUGAUUUUUUAUCCUUUCCAUGUGAAUUUACAAAAUACAUCUAAAUAGCUACCGUAAAUUGUUUUUAAGUUCUUAUAAGGCUGUUUUUAGGAUGUUAUACUUCACUACCAAGCACAAGAGUUACAGACCAUUUACUGAAAAACCAAUUAUUAUUUAAAUAUUAGUUUCACCUCCUUAAGUUGUGUAAUGUAUUUGGAUAAGCAAUAUUCUUUUGAGUUUGAUUAGCUCAUUGAUUACAAAAUACUGAAAUAAUGGGUCAGAUUUUUGUGUCAUGUUAUAGCUUUUAUUUGGAGUUAAUUUACAUACAAUUUUUUUUUACAUAUUAAGCUAAAUGUACAGAAACAAUAUAAUAUACUUGAUGUCUCAGUUUCAGUUCCCUACUGUCUGUAUUCUACAAUGAAUAAUUGUACAAAUGUGUUCUGCAGCAUUCUUCUGCAUUUCUCAUUAGAAUCUGAAAACUUUUGGUCUGGUCAAAUUGCAGUUGGUAUUUGCAUGUCUUAUUCCAGCAGCUGUUUACUGACAGCUGAUUCUGUCUUCAAAGGAACGCUUAUGACAUAAAGAUAUAGCUUUGGUGACAAUGGUGUGCUAGACUAAAGAAGAUUAAAUUACAGGCUAAUAAA